AUGAAACUGCAAAAUUAUUUGCUGACCAGUCAUUCGCUACUUCCCGUGUGUUCGCAAAGCCACUCUUGCUAUUAGAGAAAAUACGAAAGAACAAUUUGAAUUUGUGGAUAUUGAAUUUCACAUAAAAUAUUAUGGAUUGUCCACCCCUUCAUAGUACUUUAUACAAUCCUAAAGUUUUGUGGUAUCAGAAUGAUUUUGAAGUAGUGAUUCGUAUAAUGUUACAGGAUGUAAAGAGUUAUUUUAUUCGUGUCGAAUUGGAUGAAUUUGUAUUUAGUACAAUUAUCGACGAUAAAAAGUAUUGCGUAUUAUUACAACUGUAUGGAUCCGUAAAUGGUGCAGAAACGAUUCACUGUAAUUUGGGAAGAGAAAUCAAGAUCAAUCUUCAGAAAGCUCAUAAAUAUUUAGCUUGGACACGACUUUAUCGUGAUAUAGUGAAGAUUCCACACAUAAUUCUUGAUCCUGAUCAUGUAGAGCCAUCUCACGAUAUCAAGAAAGAAAUAUUAUCUUUAGGAUAUAAAAAAUUGAAAGAAAUUAAGAAUCAGCCAUAUAAUUUAAUGAAUAUAAUGCCUGAUGUGCCUUCAUCUGAUGAAGCAGAGUCUGACGAUGAAUGUUAUGAUGCUUUAUUUGAUUAAAGCAGCAUAACAAUUGGAUUCAUAAUAUAAUUUUAUACUAAUAAAAAACGCAAUAUUAAAUAUUGCGCGCAAUUAUAUUAAAGAUUUAUUGAUAUAUAUUUGUACAUGUGUAAAUCAUCUCAUACCAAAAUUUAAUCAUGUUACUUUAAAAAAAAAAUUAAAGGCAUUAUAUACGCAUAGAAAAA